AUGGGUCUAGAGAGGGGGUUGACCCGGGCAUGGCUCAGGUGGACCAAGGGGAAGGAUGCCAUGCGCUGGAUUGCCGAUGGUAGUGGAGGCGGAAGCAGCAGUAGUGGCAUUGGCGAGGGUGCAGGUGAUGAGGAGGAGAGGGAGGGGCGGAGGGAGUUUGAGGCGGCGGUGGAUGCAGUAGAAGUGGCUUUGGUGAAGAGAGGAGGGCCUUACUUCCUUGGGAGAGAGUUCUCCCUCGUCGACGUGACCCCCGCGCCUCUCCUCGAGCGAUUUUCUGCCAGCGCUCUCACGGCCCUCUCCCGCUGGUACGACACUAUGGAUGCCCGCCCCGCCUACCUCCCUCUAAAGUCUGAUGACUUCUCCAUCACCCACUCCCUCGUGUCGCAAAUCAGGCCUGUGAUCGCCAACACCGAUCCAACGGCUGUGGCGCGCCGGGCUUAUAUCGAUGGACGGGAUGGGACGGGCGCGUGGGAUCUGCCAUUGAGGGAGGAGGAGACGGCAUGGGGGAGGGAGGAUAGGACAGGGGGGAAGGGGCGGAGGGCGCAGAGAGGUAAUGCUGGCGAUUGUGGGGAAUCAUGA